GCAAACAUUCUAAACAAUCACUUCUGUCUAGAAUGGCUUUCUUCUCUCACCCUCCUUUUAAUUGUGCUUUGUUUCUGGUUUUGUUUUACACUGAAUGAUGAGAUAAUUAUAUGCUAAAUCACAAUGUCUGUAGGGAAUGUGUUGCUAGGAUAAUUACAAAGGUCCUACUAACAUUUCUGUGCUUUCUGUAGGGUCUCCAGAAUGGAUGUGGUACUGUCCCUUCUGUGAGUUGAGAAAACCAAAUACAGCCUUGGCAUUGCAAUUAUUCCAGCAAAAAGCCCCAAACCAAAUCGCUUUCUGACAAGCAAUGACUUAAAAGUAUAGAUCAGUGUGUAACCUGUUUAAUCCCAUUGUAAUUAUGGAGAGCUCUUCCAAUACUUGGUUUUGAGCAGCUGCUCUGGUUGCUUGUUCUUGGUGCUUCACUAAGCUCAACUGGAUGACCUGCCUUCCUCCCUCUGUUGAAUGUGUGGAGGGAGGAGCGUUCAUCUCUACCUAGAGCCCCAAAAGUCUUAAUUUGCAGCUUUUGUCCCUGUAUAAUAUACAAAGAAGAUCACCUAGUUACUCAGCUUCCAUCAUAAAUUACUUCAAAGAGGAAUUCUUCAUAAAUACCUUGCUUUUAAUUCCUGUGGCAUCGUAAAAGUUAUUAUACCAGUUCUUAUGAAAAGAAAAAGAGUGUGUGUCUGAGAUGUCCCCCUUCCUCUUCCAUGCUCCAAAGCUAAAGCAAUUAUUGUUUCAUCUGUGUCAGUCCCCGAGGAGAUGGUGGUGACGGCAGUUAACCUAUGCUAGCGCAGUUUGUGUCAUACUGCUGGCUUAUCUGCUGUUGCUACCAUGUUGAACUCGUGAUGGCAGCGGUAGGAUGUUUUGGGCAAACCAGAGCUUUUGUUUUUUCUAUUUAGUUUUGGCCUGGUGAAUUCCUUAUUACAGAAAAGGUUUGCUUCCCCCGGAAGUCACAGACCUCAGAUUAAUCUCAUGAAAUAAGAAGGGACUGUUACUGCCCGACUGUGAAACCUAAUCAGCUUCUUACAAGCUUUUGGGUUGUGAUGCUCGGUGACUUUAGGUAGUCUUAAAACACCACAGAGAUUGGAAAACCAGUGGUAAAAUAUCUAAAGUGAAAAAGUUAAACUGUCACCCUGAAAUGAUGGGAAUAACAAAUUUCCUAUUCCUCCAUCACCUGUCAUCCUGAGACCUAGGAAAUGUACAAAUUCUGUAGAGUGUGGUGAAGAUCAAUAAUCUAGAUUGUCAGACCAAGGGGAAUGAGGCUGGAAUCCAGAUCGCUUUCUGGGGAGCCUGCUAUGAUACCAGCUGUCUUUGGUAUCAGAGGGUUAUAGAUCCUGAGCAUGUCCUCUGGCUGCAUUGUGAUACUCUCCCAGAAACAGGUCUCCCAGGUAGUGAGAAGAUACUUAGGACUUUACAGAAUUGACCUUUUAAUCUCCUCCUCCCCACAGAGCCAGACAUAAGGUAAUGCAGACUGUGGACUGUCAGUACAAUGAGCUCUCCUGGGGAACUGCUCCCUGAUUUACUGUUAUGCGCGGCACUACAUUUAUAUGUUAAAAGAUCUGCUGGUGUAGUCCCUUGUAAAAGUCAAAUCUCAACAGUGGUAAAAGUCAUCAUAAUGGCGUUCGGAUGUCCAGCACCCAACACAUCCCUUGCCAAGGCUGGGGAAGGGAACAGUAACUCGUUUCUCACCAGCAAGCAGCCACUUUCCAGUUUAGCCUUCUCCUCUCUCCUCUCCCCAGACCCUAUGCUCAUUUUUGAGCUGUUGCUACUACAGUCUUCCCAGCUCCAUGAUGAGCCUAUUAACUAACACAAUUGAACAGGGCAAAAAGAGGGGGAAAAGUUCACUGCUGAAUGUGAUCUCCAGGGAACGUCCGUCCAGCCUGAGGAAGCUUUAGCUUUCCCUCAUGAACACCGUGUGCUGUAGAGCCCAAUGCGUUGCAGCGUCCAAGGAGCGUGGGCUCAGCAUCCCUGGGAGCCUCUGGCUAAUCUCCUCAUCUCUCUGCUUGUCCUCGGCUGCAUUUGGCAGCCUGUUGGGAGCCGAGCGACCAGGGGUUUGGAAAUUAGUACACAGCUGCUCCUUCCGUAAGCUAAAAGUAAACAGCACACUACGGUCAGGAUGGCCAAACACCAGAGCCUUUGGUCUAAUAAAAGUAGCUCCUGGGUCAAAUGCAGAUGGGUACACACAAAAGGUCUAGCUGUGUGUUUGUCUUAAUUUUUGUAGUACUCUAACUCACUCGGAGUAAAGUAGAAAUAGAGUACAUAAAUUCCUUCCCUGGGCAUCAAGGGCUCGCUUGUGGCCAGGAGAUAAAGGGAGCACAGAGCACACCCAUGGUCUGCCCUUUUCUCCGAGUGAUACUGUGUUAUCUGGGGUACCUGCAUUGUGGAGGGGGAUGGUCUGACAGGGACACACAUCCAGGGGUGUAAAGAAAGGAAACAAAAUAAACAUUUCCAUUGUUAACAAAACUGGUCUCAUCAGAAGCUCGCUUGCAAUUCGUUUGGUUAGAUGGGAAUAUCUUAGAGAAAAGGAAGAACAUCGCUAAUAUCAUAAACAUUGCACUGUUCCUGUCCUAGAACAACAAGAAGUUCCUUGCAGUAGCUAACUGAAGUCUUCUUUCUUGUAGAUUUGAACUCCACUGUCUCAGGAGAUACCCUGAGUUUAAAAAAAAAAAAAAAAAAAAAAAGAACUUAUAAAGACCAGGCCAAUGUUGUAAGGCCACCAGCCGUCUGUGCAACGGAAAGUGGGUUGAAGAAUUCCUUCCCUGUUGCACUGUUACCCAUUUUUGCAUUGGUAACUACACUUUACUGGACAGACUCCUUGUAGAUAUUUGCCCUCCUAUUUGUAACUGCAUGGACUGCAUUCUUCCCACCACAAAUCCGGAGCGAUCCAGCAACUACUGCAACAGUGGCUUGCGCUGAGAAGGGCCUGCUCUGUCAUGAAUUUAUCUCAGUUCAAUUUACCGAAUGAGACAGUCCAGCUGGGACCAUGCAGCUUUCAGGAGGGUGCCAGUGGUCUUUUGGGCACAGAUUGAGAUCUGUUAAGUUUUCAGAUGUCAUCCUGGCAACAAUUUUGGCUACCAAAUCAGAUAUGUGUGGCAAAAAAUUUGAGCUGAAGAUUGAUAAUGUGCGCUUCGUUGGCCAUCCUACGUUGCUUCAACAUGCCCUUGGGCAGGUAUCCAAAACUGAUCCCUCACCGAAGAGAGAGAUGCCCACUAUGAUUCUCUUCAACGUCGUGUUUGCCCUACGGGCCAACGCAGAUCCAUCAGUGAUAAACUGCUUGCACAAUCUCUCCCGUCGGAUUGCCAUAGUCUUACAGCACGAGGAGCGCCGUUGCCAAUACCUGACCAGGGAGGCCAAGCUCAUCUUAGCCAUUCAGGAUGAAGUGUCUGCCAUGCAAGAAACCACAGAAGGGCCACAGUCCCCUUUUCAUCACAUCCUGCCCAAGUGCAAACUGGCCAGAGAUCUCAAGGAGACUUAUGACAGUCUCUGUACAACAGGGGUUGUCCGUUUACAUAUCAACAACUGGCUGGAAGUGAGUUUCUGCCUGCCGCAUAAAAUCCAUUAUGUUGCAACAAGCUUCAUACCCCCUGAAGCAAUUGAGAGAAGUCUAAAAUCUAUCAGGCCUUACCAUGCCUUAUUACUUCUAAAUGAUGAGAAAUCAUUGCUUAAUGAGCUCCCGUUGGACUGCUCCCCUGCCCUGGUGAGAGUAAUUAAAACUACCUCUGCUGUGAAGAAUUUGCAGCAACUGGCUCAGGAUGCUGACUUGGCAUUGCUGCAGGUUUUCCAGCUUGCUGCACAUCUUGUUUACUGGGGAAAAGCAAUUAUUAUUUAUCCACUGUGUGAAAACAAUGUCUACAUGCUUUCUCCAAAUGCCAGCGUGUGUCUUUACUCUCCAUUGGCGGAUGCGUUCUCUUGUCAGUUCCGGGGCCACAAUCUGCCAUCGAUGCUUUCCAAGUUCUCCCUCCCAGUUUCACUCUCGGAGUUCAAGAAUCCUCUAGCACCACCAGUUCAGGAGACUCAGCUCAUUCAGAUGGUGAUAUGGAUGCUCCAACAUCGGCUCCUUAUUCAGCUUCACACGUAUGUCUGUCUGAUGGUGCCACCAAAUGAAGAAGAUUUCCGAGCCCAAGAUGAAGACAUGCCCUUUACUGCCAGAGUUGGAGGCCGAAGUCUAAGCACCCCCAAUGCUCUCAGCUUUGGUUCUCCAACUAGUAGUGAUGACAUGACUCUGACAAGCCCUAGCAUGGAUAAUUCCAGUGCUGAGUUGAUACCUGGUGGGGACUCGCCACUAAAUAAAAGGAUGACAGAGAAUCUACUGGCAAGUUUGUUGGAACAUGAGCGGGAGGCUAUCCUUAACGUCCCUGCUGCCCAGAAUCCAGAAGAUCUCCGCAUGUUUGCAAGGCUGCUGCACUAUUUCCGAGGACGACACCAUUUGGAGGAGAUCAUGUACAAUGAGAACAUGCGUCGCUCGCAGUUGCUGAUGCUGUUUGACAAAUUCCGCAGCGUGCUGGUCGUGACCAGCCACGAGGACCCUGUGAUUUCAGUCUUUCAGUCGCUCUUAAAAUGAUUAUUGGCAGGGGAAGAGAAACUGCUACAUGUCUUUCUAAAAGACGACUAAAAUAUAAAUGAGGUGAAUGAUGAGUUCUUUCUUGCCACAUGACCUGCAGCAAAUUCUCCCCCUCUGUGCUUUGAUUUCCCAUCUGCUCCUGUGAGAUUUCCCACCUGAGCUCCUGAACAGCUGAGACUGGGCUAUGUGAGGUGCUCUGGGGCCUGCUGCAGGACAGCGUGCAUUUGCUCAGCUUGGAUUCAUGGUGCGGGAGCUGCCAUUUUACAUUGCUUCCCUGACCCUACUCCCUCAGCAAGGCUUGUGAGAGCAGUCUAAGAAGGUUUCUACUGCAGCGUUACUAACAACAUACCUUUGGAUGGCUGCUGGUGCACCAGAAGCGCUUUCUCUGCUCUCCACCAACAUGACUGCUGGAUCAUGCAGCUGUGAGCACAGUUCAUGAGCAGCCUGAGCCCAGGUCCCUACAGAAGAGCCGCUGCUCGUGGCAGAGUGAAGUUGGCCUGGCCUUUAGCAAAGUGUCCCUGGGCACCGAGGAAUUCGGUUUACUCAUCGUUAUUUGGCACCAGUAAGGCCAUAGGUAGGAAUGCAAGGUACCACAUGUAAACAGGUUCAUGAAUCAGAAUAACUGGUUCACUGUGUUACUUUCUAUUUACUUUUCACUCCCUGCCCCCAGUAGGUUAUCGCCAAGUGUCUGUAGGGGCACUGUUGUCACCAAGCAUCCUAUGUGCUCCUGGCUUGCAGGGCUGUUUCUGAGUGUGGCAGAGGGAGCUUAGUUGCUGAGGACGGAAAUUGGCUGGCUUUGCUGUGGGUGCCUUGAUACAGUAGUUCCACAAACACCUUUUAAUUUGCCAUGGGCUGGAGAUAAGCGCAGUCACAUUUGCCCUCCAGGGCUGAUUUUUUUUCCUCCAUUCCCCUCCCUGCAACCACUGCUAUGGCUGCAGUGAACCAGAUUAGGGAACUGGCCUGAGAUAAAACUGUCGAGCCAAAAACAAGAUACAAGUCUUAAAAUGGAUGGGUUUCCUGAUCUGGUUCAGGAAUGCUUGUGCUGCUGUGUCACGGCUAGAACAAGAGGCAACAGCAAGGGCAGCCCCCAACUUAUGCCAGAUUACCGUAGUGCAACAAGGUCGGGUCCACACUGAGCGUUUGGCAGAACUGGCUGCUUCUGCCUUUGCCACUCAAGAGCCUCCAUUCAGGACGGAAAGUGCAGAGCUCAAGUACAGAGCUGUGUGUCCGGCUCUAAGGGAGAGUUGAGCUGGUUGCCUUUGGGACAACACAGCAAGUCCCUGCAGCUCAGCGUUACUCCUACGGGAAGAAGCAAGACGGGCCCCUUUGCUGCGGGCCAAGCUCAACCUGCAGUUGAAAGUGCAAAGUCCCUGCCUUGCUAGUAGUGGGGGCCCUGGAGCAGUGGGCAGCUUUGGAAAAAAACAGCCUCACUCAGUGCAGGGGCGUUGGCAGAGGCCUCCAUCUUGUUCCUGCCGAGUAUAUAGUUGUGUCUCCAAACACUGAUGGUACAUGACCCCAUCACCCAAAGCUCCCCUCACUUCGCCACUUGUCCACCUCAAGAGAGCCUGGAUCCAUUCACAAGGAAGAGACCAGCCUUUUAGGGCCCCAAACCAACCCCAUUUCUGAUUGGAAGACCCACACCAGUGUGCCCCACAGAUUGAAAAAAAACCUCACCUUGCUUCGUU